CUCUUCGCGCCAAAUACGAAACCAAAAUGGCUGUCUACGUGGAUUUGACUAAGUGGCAGCAAGCCGAUGUAGCUGAUAGAUGUCAUUAUAUGCCCUGUAUAAUAAAGUACAGCGGUGAAACAAAUGCUGAAAAGUAUUUUGAAACAACUAUUCAAGAGGAUGACGACAAAAAGGAGCUCUCAGCAUCUUUUCGAGGCCGUCCCUUAAAUGGUAAAAUUUUGACACCUCCUCCUGGAUAUGAAAGUAUGAUUGUAAAAGAGAAAAAAGUACCACUGUCUGAAGAAGAAGAUAGACAAUUUUCUAUUGUUGCCAGAGUUCCUCAGUUUACGUAUUGGAAUCUUGAUAAACCUAUUACAGAAGAAGACAAACUUGCUAAGGCUUUAGUUUUUACAGAAAUAGCUCGUGAGCUCCAUCAACGAGAAGAGGUGGAGGAAGAUGAUGAAUGUAAAAAUGAUGGCAGUAGUAGUAAAGAUUGAUAGUUUGCAGUUUAAAAAGCAAGAUAAAGAACAAUGCAGUUUAACAUCAAUUGCAGCACUGCAACUAAAUUUGACUCUAAAAUGAUUGCUCAUUGUCUUCUGUGUACAUAGAAAAAACCCCAGUUUUUAUAUCUUUGUUUAUUAAUGUAUUGUGUAUGUGUCUGUCUGUAUAUUUAUAUAUAAUGUAAGGGUGCACCUUUUGAUGCAAGUCUGAUGAAGUGCCACUCCAAUGUAAUUAACUGCACAUUUUGCAUAACGUUUCAAAUGAAAUUAUUUAUGUGCAAUGAUGUUAGAAAUGAAGUGGUACCAAAACAAUUGUAACUAAUAAUAAAGAAGUGCUAAAUCCA